AACAUUGCUCCAACUCAAAUUGCUUGUUCUGGCCAUGACUUUUUCCAACGUAUCCCCUGCUUUCUCUUCAAAUUUCUGCCCAAAACUCUUCUUUGAGCCAAGCUUUGAUACCGAAUCUGUUGGCUGGUUUGUUUCCAGCAGAAUACACGUCAAGGGCAACAGAUUAUGCAAAGAAAACACAAGAUAAUAAGGAAAAAAGUUGCUUCAGGAUUUCUGCAGAUAAGUAAGCAUAUUAGUGGGAAACAGGCCCUCUUCACCAUUCCUUUUGAGGAAAGGUCAAAGAAACGAUGGAUACAGAGAAAUAUAUUCGUUGACGAACUUGCGUCAAGCAGACAGCUUGCAGAAAAUAAGGGCAAGUCUUUGCGUCUUCACAACUCCUGUCCUCUUCUUAUCUCAACCGCCAUUGAUACUCGCACUCCCACCAAAACAAUACUGAAAAUCAUCUUGCAAAUUGGUUCAUCAAAAUGCCUUCCUUUAAUCCCUUCUUCUCUCUUCCCAUCGUGUUCCUUUCCAUGCUUACCUUCCUCAACCUGAUCACCACUCAUGUAGCUGCCCAAAAUUACAUCAACCACGUCUGUGAAAAAACUACCUUCACCCAAAAUACGACCUACAUAUCCAAUAUCAACUCCGUCCUCACUUCCCUCACCAGGCUAACCUCCAACGCCACCGGAAACGUCGAAUUCUACAACACCACCGCCGCUGACGAAACCGUCUACGGUCUCUUCCUCUGCCGUGGAGAUGUCACUGCUGAAAUGUGCGGAAAAUGCGUGACCAGCGCAUCUCUAAAGCUUGCCAGUGAGUGUUCAAGCAAGAAGGUUGCUGUUAUUUGGUACGACGAGUGCGUCGUACGCUACUCCAACGAGUCUAUCUUCUCCACCGUGGCCACAAGCCCUAUUUUUUACUGGUAUAACAUCCAGAGCAUCACCGAGCAGGACCGGUUUAACCAGCUAGUGAACACGACGAUGACCGAACAGGCACGUGAGGCCUCCAACUUUCCGAUCGGUGUUAAGAAAUUUCAUGUUAAGGAAGUGAAUUUUUCCGCUUUACAAAAUCUGUACAGCCUUGUACAGUGCACACCGGACCUGUCCAGCACCGACUGCAAUAGUUGUCUUCAGGCAGCUAUAAACAAUUUUUCUAUAUGUUGUAGUGGAAAGCAAGGGGGAAGAGUUCUCUUCCCUAGUUGUAAUGUUAGGUACGAAGUGUACCCGUUCUACCUAAAUACAUCCACAGCGCCGAUGCCUCCACCUCCACCUCCACCUCCAGGCUCCGUAGCUGGACCAAAAGGACAGAUUAAUUUCACGUUUGAUGUAUUUAAUGAGACGGCGAAGGAUUACAGUUACUUAAAGCCUCAAGGGGAUUCAUCCAUUGUUUCGGGAGCUCUUCAGAUAACCCCAAACACAAUCAACGAACCCAGCAAACUCAAUAACAAGGCCGGCCGCGUUAUGUAUUCAAAGCCCUUCAAGCUGUGGUCGUCCGAUGACAACCAUGCUUCCUUCAACACAACUUUCCUCAUAAACAUGCAAAGACAGCCGAACUGGACGGCUGGUGAAGGUCUUGCCUUUCUCAUAGCCCCGGAUAUCUCCAUGCCUGCAGCAAGUUUCGGGCAAUGGCUUGGCCUCACCAAUGUUGCCACCGAUGGUAACCAUACUAACCGGAUCGUGGCUAUAGAAUUUGAUACAGAAAAGCAAGACUACGAUCCUGAUGACAACCAUAUUGGCCUUAACAUCAACUCCGUCAGAUCAAACAAGACUAUAUCUCUCGAUGAUCAUGGUAUCGAAUUAUCCUCCGAAGCAAGCACCAAUCACUCUGUCUGGGUCUACUAUAAUGGCAGCUCCAAGCUACUGGAUGUUUACAUGUGGAAACAAGGGGAACAAGCGCCUGAAAAGCCUCUUCUCAGCGAGACCAUAAACCUGAAAGACUACGUGAAUCAACGAUCGUACUUUGGGUUUGCUGCUUCUACAGGUAAUGAUCUGGAGAUUGAGUUGCAUUCUGUCUUGCAAUGGAGCUUAGAGGUAGAUGUUCUAAACGAGGAAAGUGAUUUGAUUUCGUUGAAGAUUGGUCUGGGGGUGGGAGUCCCUGCAGGUGUGAUAUUGUUGAUCCUAUGCGGUGUUCUGUAUGUGAAGAGGCGAAGAAGAAGAAGUGAUGAGGACUCUAACUUUUUUGAUAAGAGCUUGAAUUGGUUGCCUGAGAUGCCCAAGGAAUUCAAGUUUAAGGAUAUAAAGAAGGCUACCAACAACUUCCAUGAGAGUAUGAGGCUGGGUGAAGGUGGGUUCGGCGUUGUUUACAAAGGAAUUCUGAAUAUCAAGGAUGAUCAUACUGCUACUGAAAUAGCUGUAAAGCAAUUCUCCAGAGACAAAAUCAAAGGCAAAGAUGAUUUCUUGGCUGAGCUCACCAUUAUUUACCGCCUUCGCCAUAAACAUCUUGUUCGCUUAAUUGGGUGGUGCUAUGACAAGGGGAAGCUACUACUAUUGUACGAGUUUAUGCCAAAUGGUAGUCUUGACAAACACCUGUAUAAGGCUUCCAACCACAACACUUUGAAUUGGGAACGUCGAUACAAAAUACUAGCAGAUGUAGCAUCAGCACUGAAUUAUUUGCACAAUGAGUAUGACCAGAAGGUUGUGCACCGUGACCUCAAAGCCAGCAACAUCUUGCUUGACUCCGAAUACAAUGCUCGCCUCAGUGAUUUUGGCCUUGCUCGAGCCUUAGAUAAUGGAAGGAGCUCUUAUGCCGAACAAGGAGUAGUCGGAGUCCCCGGCACCAUGGGCUAUGUUGCUCCGGAGUGCUUCCACACAGGGAAAGCUACACCAGAAUCGGAUGUGUUUGGUUUUGGUGCAGUGGUACUUGAGGUAGUGUGCGGGAGAAGUCCAGCGACCGGGAUCGAUCACCAGCAACUUUUCUAUUCCUUGGUUGAUUGGGUUUGGAUGUUACAUCGUGAAGGCAAGAUUCAAGAAGCUGUAGAUGAGAGGCUCGACAAUGAGUAUGUUGUUGACGAAGCAGAGAGGCUUUUACUUUUGGGACUCGCAUGUUCACAUCCCGUUGCUAGUGAGAGGCCUCAAGCACUGGCUAUAUGCCAGAUUAUAGGUGGAACUAUAUCGGCCCCUCGUGUACCCCCAUUCAAACCUUUCUUCACAUGGCCUUUGAUGGAUUCUUCCAUUAGCACUGCUGAGAGUACAUUUAAUUCUUCUACUGCAACAUUGUCUUGCAAAGGUUGUUCUGCAACCAACAUGAGCAGCGAGUAACGUUAUUGCAGAAGGCUUCAGCACCAUGGAGUUAUUAGACACUUUCCUUAUACAUUAAAAUGGGAAUUGUUUUUGAAACAGAUACCCGCGUAUGUUCUGAAUGAUAGCCAUUUGUUCUGUUUUGUAAGUUUUUUGAAUAAUGAAAAUGGCACUGAUGUCUACUCAAUUCUCUACAACUUCUUCUACCUUA